AUGUCUCGUACUUUUGGUAAUUUCGAUAUCCAUUUUUAUCAUGGACAAGAUGAAGUUGAUAGUGAUGGAGUAUUGGUAAUUAAUAAAAAGAAUAGAGAUAACUCUCAUUUCCCAGACUUUUUACCAACUUGGGAUCCAAAACAAAAAUAUGCUCCAUUAACUUUCUACAAACAUGAAGAACCAGGUCUUAGAGCUGAUCCAAGUUUUCCAAACUUAUUACCAAAAGAUGGUGAUUAUGAAGUUAAAAAGGUAACUCCUAAAUUAGGAUCUCAAAUCACUGGUGUUCAAUUAAGUCAAUUAGAUGAUAAGGGAAAAGAUGAAUUAGCUUUAUUAGUUGCUCAAAGAGGGGUCGUUAUUUUUAGAGAACAAGAUUUCGCAUCUAAAGGUCCAGCAUUCGCUGUUGAAUAUGGUAAACAUUUUGGUAGAUUACAUAUUCAUCCAACUUCAGGUGCACCAAGAAACCAUCCUGAAUUACAUAUUACUUUCAGAAGACCAGAUAAAAGUGAAUUUGAAAGAGUAUUUGCUAACAGAACUCGUAAUGUCGGAUGGCACUCGGAUGUAUCAUAUGAAUUACAACCUCCAGGUACUACAUUCUUUUCAGUUCUUGAAGGUCCAGAAGCUGGUGGUGAUACUAUUUUUGCUGAUACUCAAGAAGCUUAUAAAAGACUUUCCCCAGAAUUUAGAAAACGUCUUGAAGGAUUACAUGUAUUACAUACAUCAAAGGAACAAGCAACUAAUUCAUUAAAUCAAGGAGGUAUUGAAAGAAGAAAACCAGUUUCAAAUAUUCAUCCAUUAAUUAGAACUCAUCCAGCCACAGGAGAAAAGAGUAUCUUUUUAAAUAAACCAUUUUCUAGAAGAAUUGUUGAAUUAAAGGAAGAAGAAUCUGAAGCUUUACUUAAUUUCCUUUUCGAUCACAUUGAACUGGCUCAUGAUUUACAAUUAAGAGCCAAUUGGGAACCUAAUUCCGUUGUUAUCUGGGAUAAUAGACGGGUAGUUCAUUCUGCAAUUAUUGAUUGGGAUACUCCAGUUUCAAGACAUGCCUUUAGAAUUACUCCACAAGCUGAAAGACCAGUUGAAGACUUAAAGGAUUUAAACAAAGAAGAAAAUGAUGCUGGUGAUGUUGCUGCUGCUUUACAAAACACUUCCCUUUAG